AUGGAAGAGCAAAUACGAGAAUGGAGUUCUGCUGUCGAACAUUUCUGUACAGAUGCAAUCAGUAAGGUUAAUGAAUAUGGCUAUUGUGACGGCCAUGACAUUGAAAGCAUCUCAGAAUCUGAUCCAUUAACAAAUAUCGAACACAGUUAUGGAUACAUGAAUCCCAAUGCACAUUGUCACAAUAUGAUGUUUGAUUAUUUAUUUCAUACUACAAAGUGUUCUGCUCUUCUAACCCAUGGAGAACAUGAAAUUGAUAUUAGUAAUGCUCAGUCUCGGCCAUCAAAAGAUUAUGGCGAACCUCCUAAUUUCAUUUUUGAUAUUUAUUCUACGGAAUAUUUGGAUUCGGUGUUUAGAAAACAAGUUGUAAUCGAAUCCACUUCCAACGAGAGUGUGACAAGUAUAAAUGAGUUAUGUAAUGUAAAUCAUGGCAAUCGAAAAGUGAUUCCUUUUAUCCCGUGUCCGCCCUGGCAACAAGCUAUACAUCGUGCUCGUGGUAGAUUCAUUUAUGAUACGGGAAGAUUGAAGAAACUUAAGGAAUUUGAGCCUAAUUGCGUCGGUGAUUGUGAUUUUUUCGAGAAAGAAAUCUUAAAACGAGAACGUAGAAUAAAAAUUUUUGACGAGAUACAUGCGAAACAUGUUCAAAUGCUGAAAAAAUCACCGAGUGCCUCAACUUUGAUUACAAAACUUAUGGACCAUGAAAUAGAACGUUUUGUUUGCGGAUUGCCGAUAUAUAACAUUAGAAAAGAUAUCAGGGACAUUCUGUGUAAUCAGGGACAAGUAUUGUUUAUUGUGGCAGAUACUGGCUCAGGUAAAAGUACACAGAUUCCGCAAUAUUUAGUAUUCGAUGGCAUCAUUACCGUUUCGCAGAAAAUUCUGUGCAGUCAGCCACGCAAGACAGCUGUAUGCGAACUGGCCAUGAGAGUGGCGGAGGAGACAUCACUGGGUAGCCACUGUUUGGUUAACAUUCCCGUAUAUAAAGAUGGGAGACCUAAUUUGAAUGCAAAAAUAAAUUUUGUAACGGAGAAACAUCUUUUGAAUUGUAUACAGCAGGAUGAUAGAUUGUCGCAGUUUGGAUGCGUUAUGAUUGAUGAAGUACACGAAAGAACUAUCAAUACUGAUAUGUGUCUGGCAAUGAUGAAAAAAGUACUUAGAUUGCGGCCAGAUAUGAAAUUGGUGAUAUCUUCUGCAACAAUAGAUCCAGAGCCGAUAUUAAAGUAUUUCGCUGAGUUCCAUGCACAAAAACUAGAAGUUUCAGGGCGUCAAUACCCCAUCAAGAUUUGUUAUGAGCCGCCGGUUUACGGAUGCAAGGGAAUUAGAAGUUUGAUGAGGGAUUAUAUCGACCGAACAGUAGAAAAAGUUAUAAAUAUUUGCGAAAGGGAAGCUAACAAACAGCCUUUUGACGACAGUUCUUGGGAAGAUAGCUUGGGAACGCAUGCAGCACACAUUAUGGCUUUUUUGUCAAAUCCUCUUGAAACAUUGAUAGCUGAGGAACGUCUGUCCAAGCGUCUAACGGAACUUAAACACAGCGUGAAGGUGAAAAUCGUAACAUUAUACGGGAAUAUGCCAGUUGAAGAUCGAGUUGAAGUUUUCGCUCCUUUGAAAUCUCCAUAUCACCAUAAGGUUAUUUUUGCAACAAAUAUCGGUGAAACUUCAAUUACUAUUCCGGGCGUUCGAUACAUUAUAGAUUGCGGCUUAGCGAAGGUGAAAAAAUUUGACGUUGCCAGACGAAAGAAUGUUUUAGAACUAGGUUUGAUAUCAAAAUCUGCGGCAACACAACGAGCUGGAAGAGCCGGAAGAACAGCACCAGGGAUUUGUUACCGUCUUUACUCGGAAGAGCAGUAUGAGGAAAUGGAAUCUACAAACGUUCCUGAUAUCCUUCUCAGCGGUCUUACUGAAGUGCUGUUAUAUAUGAUAGCAGCUGGUAUUAUGAACCCUUCAGAGUUUGAUUUCAUUGAGAAACCGGAUUCAGGCAUCUUGAUGCAUUCGAUGGAACUUUUGAGGUCGCUUAAAGCCAUUGAGUGUCGCGAAACCAUGGUAGUUCUAACCCAACUGGGUAAAAAUAUGAAACAGUUGCCUGUAGAGCCACGUCUAGCAAAAAUGGUUCUGGAUUCUGUGCAAUACAACGUAGUGGCUGAAGCGGCGAUCGUCUGCGCAUGCGUUUAUGUCGGGUCGAUUUUCGUUCGUGGAAACAAACGAAACAAAUUCAUUCUAGCAGACCAAAAGAAACUAGCGUUUUGUGAAGAGAGCGGUGAUCCAAUGACAUAUUUAGCGGUAUUCUUGCAACACAUAAGAACACCAAAAAAUCGAUCCAGUCAUUGGUGCCUUAAGAAUUAUGUAAAUUCGAGGCGCAUGAAAUCUGUGUUUGACAUUGCCCAUAAGAUCUGCAAAAUUAUUUCUCAUCUUACAGGUGUUAAUACGGAUGUAAAGAAGAUUGAUAUUUUGAAAGCACGGGCAAUUAUUCCCUAUCUUUUCUGUCGAGCCUUUGGAAGUAAUUUGGCAAUAUAUUCCGGCCUGCCGGAGCGUGGAUAUUAUGAUUUUAAUGAGAAAAAAUACGUCUUCAUUCAUCCGUCAUCAGCUUUGAAAUACAGCGAUAUAACUCCCGAAUUUAUUGUUUAUGAAUGUUCGCUCUGUACGUCAAAUGAUUUUGUAUUUAAUGUGUGCUCAGCGGAUUCUUCUUGGUUACAUGAAAUUGAUCAAAAUGUGUUGGAAGAGGAAAGAAAGAAUAAGUUAGUGCCGUAUGAUAUUAAAUGUGGAACUGUUACAAAAAAAUGGAUUAUGGCACACAGGGAUAUUCUUCAGCAGGAGGUGGGAAUGGAAUGUAUUUUGAAGAAGAGAUUCGAUGACCCAUACAACAGACUUCAGAUUUAUGUUUCAGUUAAAAAUCUUCCAAAGUUGAAGGCAUUUGUUGAACGGAUUAUAGAAGAAAAAGUGGAGGUACUUUGCAGAAAAACGAGGGAAGUACCCAUAGCGCAUGCAGAUUAUGUAUUGCACAUGUCUGGCAGCGGUACACCACUUGAGAUUCUAAUGCCUGGUGAAUUCUGCAGUAUGUACGUUGGACGAAGUGUCAUUAAUUGGGCACACGAUGUUGAGCAUAGGAUGAGAUUAGAAGAGUACUUCGGCAGGUUUGGGAAAAUUACGGAAUUCGUGACUUUUGGCGAAAACUAUCAAAAGAAGAUUGGACAUUCGUGCUUAAUUAGGAUGGAAAAUAAGGAAGUUGCUAAUCGUGCUUUUAUUUAUAACAACGAAAACCAUUGCGAUCUCAAUAUUGAACCUCGUUUUUAUCGAAAAUAUCUGGGCAAAGGGCGCAGUUAUUAUCAUCCAUCUGCUUAUCGAUUACUGAUUAGGUGGUGGCGUAGACCCAGUUGUGGUCAUGGUCAAAUAAAGUUGAAAUCUCGUGAUUUCGACCGGAGGUUAUACGCUUUCAACGUGAUUUCAAAACAUUUGGGGCAUUUUCGCCCUUCAAUUUUUUCGGAAGAUUUGAUGGAGAGAGAUCCGAAUAUAAGCGUCGACGAUUUGUACAAGUCUCUUCCAUUAAAUAUUGACGACAAACGAUUGCUCCACAUUUUGAAACCACUGCUGACUAGCUAUAGUAUAGAAUUCGAUGAAGUAUUUGUGAUACGAAAGAAGAAGUAUCCUGUUGAAGAUGAAAAAGCUCUGGAGGCGCUUUCUCGACAAAUUUCUGACUAUAUUGUAAGGGUGGCGAAGAAUGCAGUAGGCAAUAAUGGUUAUCCAUUCGAGGUUAAGAUACGCGCACCGAAACAUAAUUCCGAAAUUGAAUUUGUCGCAUUUGUUCUUUUUUAUGAUAUGAAUCUUGGGAUACAAGUGGGUAAAGCAUUAAAAGACGCGGCAGAAAAUGGAACAACUUUGGAAAUGGGGCCAGUAGACUGCAUGCACGAAGCCCAUGUGCAAGAGAUGUUUCAUUACCAAAUGAAAGUUCCGAUAAUUCUCUUCAAUGCCAUUUUUGAUGAUUUAAAAGAUAUUUAUGAUAGAAUCGAUCAUGAGCAUAUUAAUUUUGAGCAUCACAACGAUACUUCCGUAAACGAAGUUAAAGCUGCGAUUGGCAAGGUAAUUGACGGAUAUACAAUCAGAUGUAGAGAUGGUGAGAAAGUAGGCGACGUAGAAUUACCUUGUCAUCGGCUGCUUACAAAGGUUGGUCGGGAUUUUCUGCGCGAUUUGUCAUUAAGGCAUGAAAUACUCAUAAACACAUCGCCUUAUAAAAUGGAAGUGAAAAUCCAAGGGAGUGUUUCGAAUAUUGAAAAGACUAAAGUAGAAAUCAAACGUUUUUUACGAGAAUGGUUGGAUGCAGACAUCAGUAAGAUUUUGAUUGUGCAAACUCCGAAUUAUAAACCAGGAACAUUGAAAGCUCUCCUAGCGCAAAAUAAUUAUGAUCUUUAUUCACUGGAGAAGAAGCUCGGUUGUGGUAUACAUUUAGAUGCUAACAUUAUCAAGCGCGAACUAUUAUUCGUUGGCAAAGAAGCUCAAUUCCAAGAACUUUUAAACAUGCUCCAUUCUAUUUCUGAUAGCAUUGGGUCGAGAGAGUCGUCAGAAACUACCUUCAGUGAAAUCGGAAUACCAGAAUGUGUCGUUUGCCUUUGUCCUGCUGAUUUGGAAAGCUACUGUCUGGAAGCAUGUGGACAUUAUGCCUGUAAAUCGUGUUUAAACAUGCAACUGAAAGCAUCAUUUGAAAUGCGCGACUUCCCGAUUGUUUGCGUUGCUUGUGAGAAACCAUUCACGUGGUUGGAUAUGGAGAUUCUUGUGCUUGGAGACCUAGAUCGGAAUGGAGAUGAAGAUCCUCAAAGAUUACAGUCAUUAUCAGAUUCAUCUCUUGCUUGUUUUAUUGAACGUCAUGGAGACCUAUAUAAACAUUGCCUAACUCCUGAUUGCCGAGGAUUGCAUCAUGUCACUGCCAAUGCUGGUUUGGGUCAGUGUAGAUUAUGUGGUCGUAUACAAUGCACCAAAUGUGGAAAGGAAGAUCACGAAUCAAUAACAUGUGAAGAAUAUGCACGACUAAGAAUUGAUGCUGAUGAAUCAGUGAGGAAAUGGAUACAAGAGGAUCAAGCAGGACGACGAAUAUGUCCAAACACAAACUGCCAAACUGUUAUUGAAAAAUUCGGAGGAUGCAAUCACAUGCAGUGCUCGCGAUGCAAACAACACUUUUGCUGGAUUUGCAUGUUUUCUGCUAAAGAAAGCAACGAAAUUUAUGCUCAUAUGGAUGAGGCGCAUGGUGGAUCAGGAGCUGAUGUUCAUGAAUUGAUGGGGGAAAUAGAAAAUGAUCCAUUUAUUCGUGAAUUUAUUGAGAGGCAACAUCCGAUGCUGUUGUUUGACCCAAUGUUCGACUUUGACGAAGAAGCUGAAUUUUGGGUAAUGCCCGAUGAAGAUGAUGAUGAGGCGCAAGUAUUGAUGAUGGAUGAUGAUGAAGUUCAUAACUUUUUUGAAUCCCAUCAAGAAUUGAAUGAAUUGUUUAUUGAAGAAGUAGGUGAGUUAAGUGCUGGCUUUGAAGCUCACAGUGAUUUUGAAGAGAAUGAAGAUGGGGAUGCAGAAAGCGUGUAA